AUUUCCGGACCUGCUUCUGUAGCAAAGCUUCCGGUGGGGGGGGGGCGCCACGGCUCUCAUAACCCGCCUUCGUACCGCUCAGGGCAUACUGGGGAGCGGAAGUCCUGGCCUCCGGCCGCGCUUUCUUUCGAGCUGACUCAACUUCCAGUCCCAUUCUUGGACCCGCCCUUGCGGUGGUUUCUAGAGGCCGAGCGCCCCCCUCCGUCGCCACCCAGGAUAGGUUUGUGCCAUUCUGCCUGUCGCGAGAACAGGCCUCGCUAGCUUAUUUUCUGCGCAUGCGCUAUCGUGUGGUACCUGUCAAAAUGGCGGCGCCCUUGUGGAGACCGGCGUGGCAGGGCUUACAGACUUUUGCAGGAAAACCUGACCGUAUUUCCUGGAUUCUUUGUUCAAGGCAGGGUUUCCAGACAACAGCUACCUGUCAUAAGAACCGAGCAGCUCGGGUUCGUGUUGGAAAAGGGGAUAAGCCUGUGACGUAUGAGGAAGCCCAUCCACCCCAUUUUAUUGCUCAUCGCAAGGGGUGGCUCUCCCAACAUACAAGUCAUCUGGAUGGCGAGAAUGGAGCUGCUGAGCGCGCAAUGGAGGAUCUCUUCAUUCGCAAGUUCAUUUAUGGCACCUUCCAUGGCUGUCUUGCCAACGAAAUUGUGCUAAAACGCCGUGCAAAUACUUUGAUAAUCUGUGCCAUCUUUCUGCAGAAGCUGCCGCCCUCUAAGUUCUAUUUCCUGAUUGGCUACACAGAGGUGCUUCUCUCCUUCCUGUACAAAUGCCCUGUCAAGAUGGAAGUGCAGACGGUCCCUAAAAAAGUUGUAUAUAAAUAUCUGUAGUCUUGGCCGGGUGCAGCUCCACUGGAUCCCUGAACCAAGGCUGAACUGGACUUCUUGCCCAGCUCAUUUACUUCCCAGCCAGUGAUUCCCAUGGACCAGUCGCCAAGAACUGGGAGGAGCUGUUGCUUGAAGGAUGCAGAGUUUACAAGUGGAAACUCAAAGGACUUGUGUCUUGGUUUGGAAUUGGAGAGGAGGUGGGGUUGGAUGUUGAUGUAGUCCAAACAUUGGUGCCCCUUCAUAUAGUUGUUUGAAGACCACUGUUUCCUGAGCUUGCUGAAUGUGUGGUUACACUGCCAGGCAACUAAAGCCUAUUAAAAACUCUUGGCUUAA